CAGACGCAUAUUCAAGUGCUUCGCUGGAUUAUGAAUGGGGAUCGAUACGCUGGGCGAAGUGCUUCCGGUUGUUUUCUUUAACACUAAACCCAAUCUAAAUUGGCACAGUGACGGAAAUAGAUCGGAUUGGUUUAGGCAUUAGAACUCAAUCAAGACUCGGUUGAUUGAUGAGAUAAGUGAAAUUUAAAUGGCGCAUCCUUGGGAAAGCUAAUGCAGUGAGAAAAGGCCACUGCAGUUGCGAAAGCGAGUGAAUGAUUAAACCGCUCGAUGCAGUUACAGUUGGCCGGUGAUCAGUGUUCAAGUGAGGAAAAGUGAAGCAAAUAUGUGAAAGGAUGUGAAUUGCGGAAACAGUGAUCAGAGUUAAUUACUUGCAAUUAUUCGCAAUUUAUGAACAUAACGACGAACGAAAUUAGCUUUUCACACCAGCAUAUAUAAAAUGCAGAACCAAAGAAGGCUCUCGGCCGGUGCAGCCAUCCCCAAGGCCCCUGCCGUCAAGCGUCGCAUGUCCCGCCACGGCUCGGUCCUGAUUGAGACCACCCCGCGGCAAAUUCCGUGGGACCUGAUCGAUCGGCUGCUGGUUCCAAUCAUCGGCUGCCACGCCGCGGCCAUUGUUUGCUCCGGUGUGUUCAACUUUCUCGGAAUUUCCCAGGUGUCCGCGUUCGUGCUGUUUCUGUUCUUCUCCAUCCUGACGGUCGGGGCUGCCAUCGGAUUCCACAGUCUUAAGGUAGGUCCGGGUGGGCGAGCGCAAGCAGCAAAUGUUGCAGAAAGGGGGAUUUUAACAUACGGUGCAUAA